AUGGUAGACAACAGGCUCAGAGAGAAGGCAGCCAGCAGACACCUGAGCAGGCUCUUCAGGCAGGAGCAAAAGGAGGAGGAGGAGGAAGAAGCCUGUAUCCUGCAGCACCCACAAUUAGAGGAGGAGGAGGAGGAGGAGGGAGAGGAGACUAAAGGGGAAGAACAGCUGCAGCACCAGGGGCCCCAGUGUAAGGGGAAGGGGGAUAAGGAACCCCACUCCAAGAAAGUUCAUUCUGCCUUUUCCCAGGAGAGAUACCAGUCUGUGGAGGAGCAGACAAAGGGAGAGAAGCCCAAAAAGGACUAUCAGAAGGCACUCAAGAAGUUUGGCAAGAAUACUAGGAAACGGGGCAGCUAG